CACCUGUAAUCCUAACACUUGGGGAACAGAGGAAAGAGGAGUGCUCCAGGCUGCCAACCUUACAGACUCCGGGACGGCUCCGCCCCUCGUCCAGGCCCCGCCCCUCCUCGCUCAUUGGUCCGUUCAAUCCACGCCGGCGCCGAGGCGCGCACUUUAAGAGAUGGCAGAGUCCAGGAAACGCUUCCCAGGCCGAUCUGGGAGGAACACCUUGCCGGUGCCCCGGGACCUGCAGCUGCCCCCGACCAAGAGAGACCAGCCGGCCUUCAGAGAACAAAGAAAACAAAAACUCAAGGAAUAUCUGUUAAUACGAAAAACAAUGCUUCCAUACAAACAAGAAAAUCAGAUAUCCAGAGAUCAGCAAGUGAUGACAGUGGAAGAUCCGGUCCAAGAAGGGAAGAAAGUUCUGAAACUCAAAACCGAAAUGGCUGAUAAAGAAAAUAUUGACAACACAGUUGAAAAGAACUGCAUUCCCUUAAAAGCUGAUGAAGUCACCAGUUCAGAAAUACACAACUUGAAGGAUAAUAUUCAAGCUGUCCAAGACCAGGCGUGUCACCUUAAAGACAAUAAAAAGGUGCAAGCAGCUACAGAGAAGCCCAAACAGGACGCUAACAUGCUGAAAAAGCGAGUGCUUGGCUAUUACCACGGUCAGGUUGUGCAGUCUAAGAUUAACUCGUUUAGAAAGCUCGCGAAUGUCAAAGGAGAGACUCCAGCAGCCACCAAAAAACCUCCCGCUACCAUGUCGAAGGCCUCAAAGGCUCAGUCUGCGCCUGGAAACGCCGUCAGCAUAAGAGCCUCAAGUGUGAGUGCUGCCGCCACGUUUGUAAAAACCAAGUCUGUGAGCUCUCCGUCGAGGAACACCCUUGUGCGACCACCUGUUAGAAGCAGCCUCCACAGUAACGCCCAGGGCGCUGGGAAACAGGGCCCCGCCAGGACCCUUGCCAAUGUUACAGUCAGAAAGGGGCCUCUUGAAAAAGACUCACGGCAAUCAGAACGGGUUGUAUCUGUUGUCGAUACCCGUCCUCAGGACACAAAAAGAGAUGAGGCACCGUCAAGAAGCAUAGCAUCUGAAGGUGUAGCCAGGACUAAUUUGUCUAAUACCAGACUGAUGGAAAAGUCCAAAGCUAUCGACCAGCGCAGGUACUCAGUAGCAGGAGCAGCUGUCCAUAGGUCAGUUCAGCCCAGAGAAAGCACAGAAGACAGAAAAGCUCGGAUGACUGAGUGGAGAACUGGCAAAGGGAAAGGGCUAAAAAGGCCUCCUAACUUAAUAGCUCAUCAGUCUGAGCCACAAGGACAGAACAAAAACCCAACUGGGUCCUUUUGGACUACCAUGGCAGAAGAAGAUGAACAGAGAGUAUUUACUGAGAAAGUAAACAAAACAAUUUUGGAAUGCCUGAACCUGAUUAAUAAGAAGGGAUGUCCAAAAGAAGAAAUUUUAGACACAUUGAAUGACCUGAUUAGUAAUAUUCCAGAUGCCAAAAAACUUGUUAAAUAUUGGAUAUGUCUUGUACGUUUGGAGCCAAUCACAAGUCCUAUUGAAAAUAUUAUCUCAAUCUAUGAGAAGGCCAUUCUGGCAGGGGCUCAGCCUAUUGAAGAGAUGCGCCAAACAAUCAUAGAUAUUCUAACAACGAAGAGUCAAGAAAAAGUUAAUUUGGGAGAAAAUACUGAGGAGGCUCAUGAAACCAAGGGACAUAGCCAGGAAGUAAAAACUGAAGACACAAGUGUCACUCUAGAGCCAGGAGAUCCAGGAGCGGAAAAUGAGUGUCAGAGGAACGUUCAAGUAUGUGAAAACAGUCAAGACCAAGAAGCAAAGGAUCCAACCAACGAUUUUACAACCCCUGAUUCAAAAACUGAAGCAGGCUGCCUAAUUAAAUAUAAUGUAUCUUCUACACCAUGCUUGCAAAGUAUGAAAAAGAUGCAACAUGGUAAAAAUUCCACAUUUAAAGAGCUAAAGUUUCUCACACCGGUGAGACGUUCACGCCGCAUUCAGGAGAAGACUUCACAAUUGCCGGACAUGUUAAAAGACCACGACCCUUCUGUGUCCUCCCUGGAACAGCUGUCUGAUUUGGGGGAGGAUGCUUUCGUUUGCCGCCCUAACGCAGCGCUGUACCCUCUGUUCUCUGAGACUGACCUAGCAGGGCAGAAACAGUGCUCCUGAGCCAGGAGGGUUGUGUUAUUCCUGUGGUGGUUCUCGUAUGCAGGUCUGAAGCUGCCCAUAUGCCCACGUACAAUACAGUGAACUUCCUAAGCUUGUUUAUUGUUUUCAAAAUAGGUUAGCUUCUUCACUUCACUAAUUACUUACAGUAAUGAAACAUAACCAGAAAAUGGACUUUAUUUAAAUUUAUAUUUUACAUUGACUUUUUAUCUAAUAUGUUUAUAAUAAAUAUCUGUAUAAUGUUCUAAUGACAUUUAUUGAUUGACUUAGUUAAUGCUGGAACUGACUUUAGGAUCCUACUAUGGGGUUACAGUCUGCUGC